GCCAACGGUAGAUGGCAGAAUGCUUUGGAUUUUACCGCGAAAAACAUCAGCGUGGUAGCGAAGAAAUACAGCGCGCCCAAUCACAGUAAACACAGUUGUCCCACGUGACACACUAUAAACAGUACUGAAAACAAGAUGUCAGUGAACACUUGUGUCACAUCUAUCAGGCUGGAUUCCCUCAAGCAAGCUGACAAACCACAGAUCCACUUGUUACCUUGUGAAAUAGAGCAUAACGGACCUGCUGAAGUCUUCAAGUUCUUUAAUCCCACUGUGAAGGAACGCAAACAUGAAACGACAGUGUCAUUCAGAGGUCGGGGGCUCAAGGGUCAAGAAUUGCAUUGCCCACAAGGAUACACGGGACUAGUGCUAAAAGAGGUUCAUAAGCCUGCAUCUGAUCAAGAGGACAGAGUAGUGAAAGUGUCUUCAGUGUUCAAUCAUUUCACAUACUGGAAUUUGGAGACUCCUCCCACGUCUGAUGAUGGAGUUGUGAUGGCGACGGCGUGGCCUCAGCUAGCAGAGGCAAUGCAUGGACCAGUGGAUGACUGAUAACGGACAUUGUUUUAUUGUGGAGAUCUGCUUCUCAAGUACACUGUUACAGUUAAACAAAUGUGAAAAUGAAUCAUUGUUGGAAGCCAGAAUAUGUAACUUACUGUGUUGUGGUAUGAACCACCAUUUUUACCAAACAUAUGUUGAAGAAUAUCACAAUGCAACAUUACUAUUAAAAGUCUUGUUUUAUCAUU